UGCACGCACGCAGUCAGCUUACGUCACCCCACGCACUCGCCUUGGCGCUGCUUCCGGCUCCGGCGCACCGGGAGGUGGCGGCCAUGGCCAGCUGGGCCCGGGGCCCAGGCCCGGGGGGUAGUGCCGCCGCCGCCGCCGCCGCGGCGGACAUGGACACGGACACGCUCCUGGACGGCGAGAACCAGCGUCUGACUGAUGGGCUGGCGGCCAAGGUCACUCGUCUCAAGGCCCUGGCCUUGGACAUGGACCGGGACGCUGAGGAACAGAACCGCUACCUGGACGGCAUGGACUCGGACUUCUCGAGCGUGACCAGCCUGCUGACCGGCAGCGUGAAGCGAUUCUCCAGCAUGACCCGCUCAGGACGGGACAACCGGCGGCUGCUCCUGUGCGUGUCCGUGGGCCUCAUCAUCCUGUUCUUCUUCCUUUCCUACCUGGUCUCGAAAGCACGGACAUGAGUGGGCCCCACUCCCUGGUGACUUCCGGGCUGCUACCCGGAGGAGGGAUGACCGAGUGCAGCAGGGAGUGCUCCCCAGACCCUGUUUUUAUUCCUUCUCUCGUUGUCGAGAAUAAAAAAGAGAAAAGCGAUCGGAA